AUGAGCAAAAGUGAGAAGAAGGUACGGCCCGUAAUCGGGAAUGAAGUUCUCAGAGCCAUCACGCACCUUCCUCCCGGCGUGAACAGUCCGCAUAGCCGUUACGGCCCCACAAUGGGCGGUGGUUCCAACCCUGCGAAACAAGAGUGUUCCCAGACCACCACCCCAUCAAUUGCGGGAAUCAUCAGACAGCCAUCAAUCAUCAAUCAAUCAACCUUUGCCACCGGAAAGCAACACGCUGCCAUUGCGCCACCCGGCCUGAUUCAUGAACAAGUUCGGAAAUUUCCGCGUUCAUAUAACGUUGCUCAGCAGGGCCGAGUGCGGAUUUUCCGCGAUAGGCCGCGCCACAGAACCCUCGCCUGGCUACCUAGUGGCGUCAUUCGCCAAACUCACAUUUUCUGUAGGGCCACCAUCACCAGCGACGCGACACCGCCCACUUACACCCCCUUGCCGAAACUACAACGGCUUCACCGCCCUUGA